AUGACCGUCCAGGUUAGGAGAUCCUCCACAGCCUGCAGCAAACCCUCGCCGUAUUCUACACGGACACAGAUGCAAGAGAGCGACGUCGAAAAGCACCCUCUCAAUGCCCGUCAACAUUAUCACUACCACCACCAUCAUCAUCUAAGCGAUGGCGAUGACGAGACGUCCGACUCCGGACCCGACCACUCCUCCACGUCCUACCCGCCACUUAACGGCGCGAGCAUACGUCGCGCAAGACCACCCGUGGGCUACAGAGUGCCGCAGCGGAUUAUGCGAUGGCUGUGCUUCGCAUUGUUGGCGUCGCUCGUGCUUUUUAUCCUCGUCCUCUUCCGUGUCACAAUCUCCUCCUCCGUCUCGCCGGUCAACGUUGAGCUACCAAAAGUGAAACCGACCAAACCUCCACUAUGGGAAAGCUUCCCGUUCUUGCAACGCUACCAGGGUGGCCUCAGCAGCCUAGUGAAGCGCAGCGAGAAUGUACCUGAAUACCCCGGCGACAACGCGGACGGAUUAUUGCUACCCGAGGAGCAAGUCGCCAAUGAGGAAGCCAACCACUUGAAAAAGAGAGAUUUGAAACCUCCAAUGUCGAGCAAUAUCUUCGACCCAUACCCGGAUUACAAGUCUGCGGAAUACAUUCAGAAGUACGGUGAAAAGAUCGAAUGCUUCUUGGACAAGGAGGACUCCAUCCGAGUCCCCGGAGUUCAGUCAUACCCCGGUGUGCCCAAAGGCUUCCCGGACCCGGCAAUCGGUUCUAAUACCAUGUUGGGAAUUCGCGACGAUAUGUGUUUUGACCGCCUUGGCCGACUGGGGCCAUAUGGAUUGGGAUACGGAGUCAAGAAAGGCGGCAGCGGGGCUGGACUGGAAGGCCACCGCGAUGGAGCUGAGCGUGUCUGGGAAGAUGUGCCGCCUGUGGAUUUCCGCCAUGUGGACUGGGCUGGUGCCCAGCAGCGCUGUCUGGCGGCGAAUCGCCAUCGUUUUAAGGACUCAACCGAGCCACGUCUGAACCGAUUUGUCUCGAUGCCUGUGGGCGUACCCAAGAUCAAAAUUCCAAGUACCGAGGACGACCGCAAGACACAGCCCGAGGUUGGGUCGGAGCGCUUGUCUCGAACUGCGAUUGUCAUUCGUACCUGGCAUGACUUUAACUAUACCCCGGAGGACAUUCUUUACCUUCGCUCGGUGAUUUCCGAGCUUGCACUGAUGUCUGGCGGCGAGUACAUCGUGCACUUCCUCAUCCACGUCAAGAACAACGAUCUUCAAAUCUGGUCGGAUGACGAGACCUAUGAGAAAGUGCUCAACGACGCCCUUCCUGAGGAAUUCCGAGGCAUGGGCACGCUCUGGACUGAAGCCCAGAUGUCUCUAAUGUACCCCGGCCUGGAGGAAACGUUCACACGUGGCCUACCCAUUCACGGUGUCUACCGCAGCACUUAUAUGCCACUGCAGUACUUCGCCUACCAGCAUCCAGAGUAUGAUUACUUCUGGAACUGGGAGAUGGACGCUCGCUACACUGGCCACUGGUACCACCUGUUCGACAAAGUGGGCGACUGGGCGAAGCAGCAGCCUCGCAAGGGGAUCUGGGAGCGCAAUGCGCGCUUCUAUGUACCCUCGGUGCACGGAUCGUGGGAAGACUUCCGUCAAAUGGUCCGCGUGCAGACUGAGAUUGGUACUAACAGCCCGAAUAACAUGUGGAGCAUGUACAAGGCCAGCUCUGAGAGUUCCGAGAAGAACUCACACGGUCUGCACCAGCAGGGUGACAAGACCAUCUGGGGUCCUGAGCGACCCGACGAGCCGGACAUUUUCGAGGUCGAGGGCGAGGGAAUCCCGCCGACCACCGUGGAGAAGGAUCAGUACCAGUGGGGUGUGGGCGAAGACGCGGAUCUGAUCGUUUUCAAUCCGCUGUAUGACCCCGAAGGCACUACAUGGCUGCUUCGCGACGAUGUGACUGGAUACAACCGUGAGAAUGGGAUGCCCCCGCGCCGCACGGCUAUCAUCACUGCUUCUCGUCUGUCCCGCAAGCUUCUGACUACCAUGCACCGCGAGACCAGUCUCCGCCACCACAGCAUGUUUUCGGAAAUGUGGCCUGCCACGACGGCGCUGCACCAUGGCUUCAAGGCCGUCUACGUUCCGCAUGCCGUCUACGUCGACCGUCGCUGGCCGACCCGCUACCUGGAAUCUGUGUUCAAUGCCGGACGCAACGGCGCGUCUGGUGGUGCCCGCACAUCCGUCUUUGGCGAUCGCGAGCAUAACUUCAAGGGAACGACCUGGUUCUACUCUGCCGGCUUCUCGCCUAAUCUUUGGCGCCGCUGGCUCGGUCUUCGCGUCGACAAUGACGGUGGUGAACAGCAGGAGCUGGCUGGCGAGGGUCGCUUGUGUCUGCCCCCCAUGCUCCUACACCCUGUCAAGGACGUGCAGAUGGUGAUUGAUGACGGAGCGCAUGCGGAAGAUCGAUGA